UGCUCUAGCGUUGCGACAGAGACGGAGAACUCGAACCAUACGACAUGAAACUAGAAAAUAAUAAUACGGCAGAAACAGGGAACGGGCAAACGGAUCACGGCAACAUCAUCACUAUUGAAACCACACUGGGAGACGAGGAUGAAGAUGUGCACAAAUGUGGACGCUGUCAGGAGGAAUUCUCCUUAUUGGAGGCCUUCAUACAGCAUAAGCUGCGUCGGAGCUGUCAGCGUUCUCAAGAACAGCCGAAUAAGGAGAGUCAGAUUGCUGAUGACGGAAAUUCUCCAGCCACGCUAAAUGACAGUGGCAUAUUGUCUUCAGUCGAGCAGGUCAGACCUGAGGAUCCUGACAAAGCCAUUGCUGAAGUUUCCCAGCAAGCAACAUCUCAGGAUGUGGAGUCUAGCGAUCAAGGGGUCCAGGCCUCUGAAGGCUCAGACGGCUCUAAGCUUGUGUUGAGGGUGAAUGAUGAGGGACGCUUCGUCUGCCAGCUCUGUGAGAAAACCUUCAAAACGCCCAACAUCCUGAGGACGCACAUGUCCACCCAUAGUGAGAAGAAAGACUUCCAUUGUGACCUGUGUGGCACUUCUUUCAGAACCAAGGGCUCACUGAUACGCCACAAUCGCCGGCACACAGAUGAGCGACCCUAUCGGUGCAAUCUCUGCGGCCUCUCCUUCAGAGAAUCGGGGGCCUUGACCCGACACAUGAAGUCCAUUACCCCGUGCACAGAGAAAAUCCGCUUCAGCCAGUGCAAGGAGAUCCUCGUUGGCAAGGAUGGCGUCCGGAAAGUAGAGUCUGUGGCGGAGCAGCAGACUACCUCCAUCCUGCCCCAGACGGAGGCUCAGCCAGUGCAGGAGGUCAGUGUGGUGGAGGAGACCCAGGAGCUCAUCCACAUUCAGAUGGUGCAGGAUCCAGGACAGGCCCAGCAGGAGGUUGUCCAGCCUAAGCCUGAGCCCACUGAGGAGAGCAACAAUUUGAUCUGCCAGGCCAUUAUCAACUCGGGCAUCGCCCUGGAGGCGGACGCCAGCACAGAGACAGACGUGGAGCCAGUGCCAGGGCCCGUAGAGAGCCGGGCCGCCGGGUUGGCCCUGCAGACCCCCGAGACCGAAAGCCGUGUCCCCGACAUUCAGCUGUCCGAGGAGUGUGUAGAGAUGGAGGACGACACUGCGCUGAGCUCUGAGGAAACUUCUGAGAAGGAGGGAGAGCCAGUGCCUGCAAAGCUCCACAAAUGUCCUCACUGCAAUCGGGUGUUCAAAGCUUUGAAUUACCUUCGUUUCCAUGUCAAAGGUCACCUGGGCUACAAGCCCUUUAAGUGCAUGGUGUGCCAGAAGGAGUUCCUGACGGGCUACCUGCUGAAGAAGCACAUGGAGGUGCACUUGAGCGAAAGGCGUUACAAGUGCGGCGAGUGCGGCAAGCUCUACAAGACCAUUGGGCACGUGCGUGAGCACAUGCGCGCCCACUCUGACGAGCGGCCCUUCCACUGCAACCGCUGCGACAAGGCCUACAAGACCAAGAAUGCCUUGCAGGUCCACCAGAGGACGCACGGGCAGGAUAAGCCGUACGUGUGCCCUCACUGCACGCGUGGCUUCCGGGAGAAGGGCUCGCUGGUGCGCCACAUCCGACACCACACCGGCGAGAAGCCCUUCAAGUGCCCCAAGUGCAGCCGUGGCUUUGCUGAGCAUGGCACGCUCAACCGGCACCUGCGCUCCAAAGGGGGCUGCCAUACAGGCCAGAGGGAGUCGGAGCAGGCGGUUGCAGUGGCGGUGAAGGAGCAGCAGGUGUCAGCAGAGAGCAUGGCAGCCAUUAUUACCGAAGACCCCCACGCUGUGCUGGUGGAGUUCUCCUCUGUAGUGGCCGACACACAGGAGUACAUCAUCAGGGCAGCUGCAGAGGAGUCUGUGCAGACAGAGGAGGUGGCCCUGCUGCAGGACACUCAGAGUCAGAUGGGUAGUCAGAUCAUGAAGGUGGUGCAGCAGAUCGUGAGCCAGUCGCAGCAGCGGGGCGGAGGUGGGCGCCAGAUCAUUGUGCGCAACGUGGUCGCCGGCGAGGACGACGUGUCCACCACGACCGCCACCAUCUCUGACUCGGGCGACACCAUCACCAUCGCCACGCCUGAGAGUCUGACGGAGCAGGUGGCCCUCACGCUGGCCUCCGCCAUUGGCGACGGCACCAUCCUCACUGCCGACCCGGAGACCACGGUCACCAUGGUGACGGAGGGUGAGGCCCAAGAGGUGGAGGUGAUGGAGCAGGAGCAGUUUGUCAUCGCUGCCAUCCCCGACGAGAUGGAGAUUCAGACUGUGGUGGUCUGAGACGGAGACCGGCAGACCCAGACAGACUCUGAGAGAUGAGCUUUGGUCACAACUGUAGUUUUAGACUCCGCUUUGGUCACAAUGGUGACUGAGCCAGACACAGGGCGUUCACCACAGGAUGCGAGUUAUAUAUUUGAAAAGCAAUGCAGUGCACAAAUGAGUGAGAGACUAAGUGGAAAAAAAGGAACUAGUCAAUGACAUUGGCUACUUUGCCUUCUCCUGCCUGAAGAUCUACUCGUUUAUGUGUGGUUUUGAACGAAGCUUUUCACAUAUAUAUAUAUAUAUAUAUAUAUAUAUAUAUAUAUAGUUCAAUCCUAGUUAGUGAGUGAACUAGGAGAAUAUGUGAAUAACAAACACAGCUGCUGAAUAUUUAUUGGUUUCAUGCUUCAUGAAGAACUCUGUUGUCUUAAUCUGUUUUCUUUAGAUCAUUGACUAUCCAACCCAGCCUACAGUGAAAGCCCAGGCUUCACUGAUGACAAAUCAGAGGUGAACAGUGUUGGCUCGUGUUUAAUGGCUGGGCCUUUUGUGCUUUACGUUUGUUUACAUGCUAAUGAAACAAAGGCCGCUGUUGCUUGCCAUUUGUUGUAUCAUUUGUUGCAGCACCAACAGAUUUGUUCUGGUACACGAUGAUCACUGAUAAAGGCAGGUUUACUCUUUACAGAGGAAUUGACUAUUCCCAAUGGGACAUAUUAUGAGGGUAGUAACAUUAUUAACGUGCCAAUUUGCCAUGUGAAUCCUAAUAUGGCAGAAGUAGACUGGAGCUAGUUGGAAGGCUCUCGUUGGGCACUGCAUCGAUCUGUUACUGAGGUUCAGGAAAUUAAUGUCAGUGAAUGAUGAUGAUGUCUUAGUUGGGCCAGUAUAUAAAGUAUAUGGUGUUGUGGGCAGUAUUGCCAUAUUAAUGAUAUGUUACUACCUGACAGUUUGUGUUCAGUGGCUGCAGAUGUGGAUCUAUUAGUAAUAUUUACUUACAGCUGUACAGAUUGCAUUUCCAUUUGGUUUAGCACUGUUUAAAUGAGUAGCAGGACUGAUAUGGAGAAAAUUGGUGCAUGUUUGGGAAAGGAAAUAUGGUGGCUUCAUGUUUUACAUUAGUGGGCAUCCACUUUUACGUCUGAACCGAAGAAUUUCUCAGUAUGUCAUUAAUUGUAGUUACAAUCCAAAGUCUCUGUAAGAGGCAUGCCAAAGUAGUCUCAUGACUUAACCCUAGAUGUUUUUUCCAUGAAAUAUUAGUACCAAAUAUGCUCCCCUCUCUGUUACUGCAGGAGAUCAUUACUGCAGGAGAUCAUCAGGUCAUGCUGUCAGUCAUCUGCUGAUGUCCUUGUUGAGAGGAUGUUAUUAAAGGUGUUUUUCAAA